GCACCAAAUCAGCUGACCUUCGCUUUCGCCCUGAGCCGGAGUUCAUGUUGUACAUCAGUGUGAUUCAGAGAACACAGAAGGGCGCGUGGGACUCUUGCUUUCGUAGAUUUGUCCGUGUUGAUUGAUUGUUGAUUGUGAGCACAAUGAGUUCCAAAAAAGACUCGGCACCAACAGAUCGUCUUGCACAAGUCGUCCAACACGUAGCAGGGUCACAGGAUGAGUCUUCAAAGCCCAACUCGGCACGGAGUCGUCGCUCCAAGACUUCAAGAAGCGCCGGCCCACCGGCAGAUUACUCUGAUGUGCUCUCGAACCUGCAAAAGCUCAGCAAAAUCGCUCACACCCCCGACCUGUCCAAUCGAGGGUACGUGAGGCAGAAACGUGAGGGGAAGCUAUGGGUGAGAGAACGUUUGGAGCAACUGGUCGACAAGGGCAGCUUCAAGGAAAUUGGUAGUGCCAGCGGGCGAGUGGAAUGGAAGCAGACGGGCCCUCGUGAUGAGGAACCAGUGUCCUUUCAACCCACGAACAACCUCCAAGGCUUUGGUUUGUUGGACGGGAGAAGGGUCAUCAUCACAGCGGACGACUAUACGAUUCGAGCUGGACAUGCGGACGGAGCUAUUUCUGCCAAAACCGUAUACUCGGAAAAGCUAGCAGUGGCGCUGAAUAUGCCCAUUAUCAAGCUGACAGACGGAUCUUCGGGCGGCGGAUCUGUGAGCACCAUCAAGACACAUGGCUGGUCGUACGUGCCAGGUGUGCCAGGUUUCAUCCCGGCGGUCCAGGGCAUCAACAAGGGGAUUCCGAACUUGGCGGCCGUGCUGGGCCCAGCCAUUGGGAUCGGUGCUGCACGCGCGGUCAUCUCGCAUUUCUCGGUCAUGGCGGGCGAUAUUGGAAGCCUGUUUAAUGCCGGACCGCAAGUUGUUGAAGGAGCCACGUUCGAAGAGGGACUCACUUUGCGCGAACUAGGUGGUCCGGGUAUCCACUGUCUCAAUGGAACGAUAGACAACCUCGCAGCGAACGAAAGCGAAUGCUUUGAGCAGAUCAGGAGGGUUCUUUCCUACUUGCCGAACUGUGGCCACUCGAAGCUACCACCCGUGCUUCCUGCCAGCGACCCGAUUGCGAGAGUCAGUGAGGAAUUGAGAACCGCCAUUCCUCGUCGGAAGGAACGUAUGUACGAUGCCCGCGCGAUCAUCAAGACGGUUUUCGACGCUGGCUCGUGGUUUGAGAUCGGACCCCUCUGGGGCAGGACGGCCAUUGUCGGCCUGGCCAGACUGGGAGGGCAUCCCGUGGGGGUGAUUUCGCUCAACUGCGAAGUCAAUGCCGGUGCGCUUGACGCUGGUGGUUCUCAGAAAAUCACGCGCCAUCUGAAGCUGUGCGACGUGAUGAAUUUGCCCAUCGUUCAGUUCGUCGAUGUCCCCGGCUACGCCAUUGGCACCGUGGCCGAGAAACAAGCGACCAUGCGUUGGGGAGUUGAGCUGGGAAAGGCCUAUAUCUCAACCACAAUUCCCAUCUUCAGUGUCUUAACCCGCAGAGUCUACGGCGUUGCUGGUGGCAUUAUGGUCGCUUGUCGUGACCCAAUGGCGUCCGUCGCGUGGCCUAGUGGAGAAUGGGGAAGUCUGCCUCUGGACGGCGGUAUCGAGGUUGGACAUAGAUGGGAAUUGAAACAGGCCGAAGAGGCUGGGAAGAAGAAGGAGCUGUAUACACAGCUCGAAGACGAAUAUCGUCGACUUAUGAACCCCAUCCGCACUGCCAACGCUUUUGGCGUUCAGGAAAUUAUAGAUCCGGCACACACGAGGCGAGUGGUCGCCGAAUGGGCUUUGCACAUAUAUGCCGAUGUCCUUCCACAACGCCUUCUAGACCGCGCUGCAGGUCGAAUUCACCCGUCGUUCGCGUGAGUCGAUACAUAACCGAUGAUAGAUGAUGAGUCGGUGGGUCUUGUGUGAAUUCAUAUUGGGCUCAUCGAGCGAUCAAUCGAACGAUCUAUACAUUACUUGUUAUGGUGUAUAGACCUGAACGAUAGACAACUCGCAUUUCAGUUGGCAAGCACUGAACAGGUCUAAUAUGUGUUUUUUGUAGCACUAGAAGGAAUACUACAAAAUCG